AUGGCCCAGGCCAAGAUCAGCGCCAAGGCCAGCGAGGGCGCUCAGCAGCAGCAGCAGCCGCAGCAGCAGCAGCAGGCGGGCGGGCAGCUCCGCGGCCGCUUCUACCGCUCCACCUCCAUGGCGGACCGCUCGAGCCGCCUGCUCGAGAACCUCGACCAGCUGGAGCUCAGGGUCGAGGCUUUCCGUGAUGCAGCAUCUGCUAUGGAGCAGGAGAAGGAAAUCCUGCUGGAGAUGAUCCACAACAUCCAGAACAGCCAGGACAUGCGGCACAUCAGCGAAGGUGAAAGAGAAGAGCUGAACCUGACCGCUAAUCGUCUGAUGGGCCGAACGCUCACGGUGGAGGUGUCGGUGGAAACAAUCCGGAACGCGCAGCAGCAGGAAUCCCUGUUGCACGCCACCAGGAUGAUCGAUGAGAUCGUCAACAAGCUCCUCGACGACCUGGAAGACGCCAAAAUGCGCCUGCUCUCGCUGUACGGCGCCUGCACGUCCGACGUGCCCGCGGGGCCCAUCGACCAGAAGUUCCAGUCAGUUGUAAUCGGAUGUGCCAUAGAGGAUCAGAAGAAAAUCAAGAGGAGGCUAGAGACUCUGCUGAGAAACUUGGAAAAUUCCGAGAAGUCCAUCACGUUGUUAGAGCACCAGAAAUCAGCCGCCCGACAGUCUUGCAACAGCAAACAGGAUUAAGCACCUGCUCCUGGGGGAUUCCUUUGGGAGAGGAGUCACCGCGCUUGGGGAAUAGUGGCACUUUCUUUUGGCAUUAAGGARCUGGCUAUGGAGGUGUUGCCUCUAGAGGCGAUACUGCUGCUGCAGCUUGGAAUGUGCUUCUGCUGCCUGUCAGGAACUGCCAGCCUUUCUGUUAGGGUGUUUUUUUCAGCAAGUUUGGUCCUAUAUUAAGACUUCAACUACCACAACUUUCCUGCACUGUGUACAUGGUGUGUGCAACUUGUUUGGGGCAAAAGGACAAAUCACUGCAAUAAACCAAUUAAUAAAUUGUGCAUUGUAUUUUCCUAAAGGAGAUACUGUCCUGCUUCUUACUGACCAUAACUUUAGUGGAUUGGCACAAUUGGUAGAGUCCAGUAUUUUCUAGGAAGAGUUGCCUUCCCCAGGCUAAAUUGAAGAGAGGAAGCUCCUGCCUGGGGCACUGACCCAAGUGAGAGGCUACAUUUUACUCUUGAAACUGCCCCGGUUUUCAACUCAGACUUUGCCAAACGUUCCUAAGAAUUGAGCGAGAUGGAUUUUAGAAUUGCAGUGGUAGAAAUACCUAAAAAGAAGACAGAACUUCUCAUGCUGUGUUUUAGAUAGGAGGAGAGGAAUCUGCCGGCUGUAUAGGAGAGCACUGGAGUCCAGGACCCUGCCUGUUUUUCUUCAGCUGCUUCUCUGGGGCUGCAGCUCGGGGGAGCGGAGCAGCCCUGCUCCUACUGUGCCUUCAGGGAGCCGAACUCUGUGCUGCUCCUCCCACCACUCACUGGUAUAACCAGCCCUGAUCUUGUUCGCAAGGACAGAAGGGAAACGGUGACAAUCUCAGGAGAUGAGUUAAUAGCCCAGAGYAGCCUUCUUUCUUUUGGCCUAAAUUACCUAGUGGUUUUUUUUUUUAAGUUCUUUCUGUUUGCCUUAAGUUCUAUAAAUUCUCUAUCUAUCUGACCUGCAAGUUUUCUGUUAGUGCCUUCUCCCGAGCUUUUCUAAGAUACGAGACUGACUUUCCACAUCCAUUAACACCCACAUGGGCUUGAGCAGCCUGGAGUUUUACAGUGUGUACAGCUCCYUUGAACAGGCAGUUCCACUCUCAGGGCUUCCCCUGCGCUUUCAGAGCUGCUUUCAGCGGCUGUUGCUGUAACACAAACCAGGGUUGGCAUCAUGCAAGUAACAGGGGUCAAAAGAAACACAUGGACGGUUUUUAAAUACAUCUCUGUAUAAAAACACUGUCUGCUGUGGGAAAAAGUGGAAAUAGAGUCAGUCAGACCAAGCAUGUGUAAGGCACAACCGAGCAAGUCGCAUAGAAAAAAGAGCUACGUUUACAUGGCCCAGGCUGGCUCCUAGUUGCUSCAGAGCAAAGCAGCACGGUUACUUUCCACUUUCCAGCCUAAUCCGGGCUCGGGCAGCAGUGAUCCUCAAGCUUGGGAAGGUCUCGCAAACGCGACCACGUGGCGGGUGUUGCAGGAGUGACGUGGGAGCACUGGAGUGGAGCCCUCCUGGGCAAGCAGGACGCAGACCCAAAUGCUGCGAGUUCUGCCCUCCUCAAGCCCCUGGACCUGUGGACAAUUUUCAGAAAAAUUCACCAAGCAUCUUGGAUGUACCA